AAAAGAUUAGCAGCAAAAUUAUAAGAAAAAAUGUCACAAAACCUGAAACAAUAUGUGCACAGAUAUAAAGCACCCCGAAGAGGGAAAUAUGCCGCAUAAUUUUGCUUGCACGCCCAACGCUUGUUGCUCAGCAGAGAUUAGUGAAACGUACGUGAUUUUACAAAAGUAGUCUAUCGGCUCCACCUGUAACAGUGAGCUGAAUAGCUGUGGGAGCAACACUCGUGGAAACAUGGCGACAGGCUGCGCUUGGUUCCUGGUGCUGGGCUCCGUGUUUCUCUGCAAUCUCAUGAAAAUACUCCUGCCUAGCAUUUCAUCUUUCCUGACAAAGAUGGUGCAGAAAGAUGCCGAGCAGGAGAGUGAGAUGAGGACUGAAAUCCAGCAGAUGAAGAAGGAGCAGUCCUCCAUAAGCAUGAUGGAUGAGUUUGCAAGAUAUGCCAGGCUGGAGCGUAAAAUUAACAAAACUACAGAUAAGCUUAAGACACAUGUGCAGUCGAGAACCGCUCAACAAGCCAAAAUGAAAUGGGUUGUGAACAUCGUCUUUUACAUACUGCAGGCUGCUCUGAUGGUCUCACUGAUAUGGAAGUAUUACUCUGAUCCAGUGACUGUGGUCCCCAGUAAAUGGAUCGCUCCUGUGGAGCGACUAGUGGCUUUCCCAACAGGAGUGGCAGGUGGUGUGGGAAUCACUUGCUGGCUGGUGGUUUGCAACAAAGUAAUCACACUGGGCCUCAGUGCCAUCAGUUAGAGAACUCGACUGUCUGCACAUCUUCUUGGAAAUGAAUUUGGUGUUUAACAUGAAGAUAAGACUGCUCUCCAACUGCAGUAUUAAUUUAUUAUUAUUGUAACAUUGUGUUUUCUAUUUUUGUUGAAUGAAUGUUUUGAUUUCUUACCAUCUGGAUAGAAUUGUGACAUUUUCUUUUUCUUUUUUUUAAAUAAACUAUUAAAAACAAAUUUUGUAUUUUCCAAGUUGGGAAAUAUCCAACAAAAACAACUCUGAUAGUUUUUGUUUAGUUCCAAAAAUAUUGGUCUGAACAGCUUUUUUUUUCUAAGUCAAAACAAAACAUAAGAAAUUCUAUUUGUUAUUUUUUAAAACCUUUGAAAACAAAGCUUUUGUCACUGCAGUGAGAUUUUAUCUGACAAAAUUGACUGUAAGAUGCUGUGGUCCGUUUGAAGAUUCUUAAUCUCACUACAAAAGAUUUCUCUUGCGUAUUGAGAAGUUAUUGUGUCUGCUCUGUUAUAACGUAUGUCACUAUGCAAGUUCUGACUGACUGGGUUGAGCUGUGCAUUCAUUUUUAUUUGACAUGGUUGCAUUCAGAGUUGUUUCUAAAACAUUGGCCAAUUAAAUUUUAUCUUCUGUUUCCUUC